GGCCAUGAACGAUGCGUUCCGCAAAGCAAUCGGGCACUUCGUUCUGGUUUACCUUGACGACAUCUUGGUUUAUUCCAAGACUGAAGAGGAGCACACUCAACACCUAAAAUGGGUGUUAGGAAAGUUGCGAGAACACAAGUUCUAUGCUCGUUUAUGGAAAUGCCAUUUCUACAAACGCGAUCUGGAAUACCUCGGUCAUCUUGUCGGGAAUGACGGACUUAAAGUCGACCCCAAGAAGGUGGUGGCUGUUCAGAAUUGGCCCGUCCCACAAGACGUGGGCCAAAUCAGGUCCUUCCUAGGCCUGGCCAAUUAUUUCCGCCGGUUCUUGGAAAAUUACUCAACUGUCGUUGCCCCUCUGACAGCACUCACCCGAAAGGGUAGUGCAUGGGAGGAAGUGCAUAGCACCAAGUACGGGGGACACCUGGGUAUCAAGAAAACCCGGUGGGCCUUAAGUGACGAGUACUGGUGGCCUGGAUUGGGGACUGAGGUCCAACAAUCCGUGUCGCGUUGUGAUGCAUGCGCACGCAACAAGUCAGACACGAAAAAGCCUGGUGGUUUGCUUCAACCACUGGAGAUUCCAGACGAACCCUGGGAGAGUGUCUCACUGGAUUUCAUCACAGACCUCCCAAAAAUACGAGACGGUCAUACUGCGAUCUUGGUCUUUGUGGAUCGACUGACCAACAUGGUGCACUUCGUUGCUACUACAACAGACGUAUCUGCGGAAAGAUACGCCAAGUUGUUUGUAGAACACGUGUUCCGCUUACACGGGUUACCGCGUGUGCUGGUGUCCGAUCGAGAUCCGCGCUUUACAAGCCGGUUCUGGCACAAAGUUACACGGACACUCGGAACGAAGCUAAAGAUGUCGUCAGCCUUCCAUCCCCAAACGGAUGGGCAGACAGAGCGGACAAAUCGUACUCUUGAGCAAAUGCUUCUUUCAUUCAUUGGCCCAACUCAGAAUGAUUGGGACGACUUGUUACCUGUGGUUGAGUUCGCAGUGAACAAUUCCGUCCAUGAAGGUACCCAUGAAAAACCCUUCAUUCUGAACUGUGGUCGGCAUCCCACGACACCUGCUACGCAUGGGAUAGGCGGACAUGAACAAUUCCCUGCCGCGAAAGACUUUGUGGGCAAGCAGCAAGAAGCGCUCAAGUCUGCUCGCCACUGGCUGCAGCUGUCUCAGCAGCGACAAAAGUCUUAUGCCGACAUGAAACGCCGGGAAGUCUCUUUUGAGGUUGGAGACAAGGUAUUAUUGAGCACAAAGAACAUUCGUCUCAAAAUCCCUGGGGCACGAAAGCUGUUCCCUCGAUGGAUUGGGCGUUCGAGGUGAUCCAGCGCGUUGGUGUGGUA